AUGGCAACCACUAAUACCGCUGAUGAACCUCCCUCAUCUACCACAGUCCCAGAGCCUGUUACAACUACGGCGACAGACUACCCGUCGCUGCAACCAGCCUUGCACCUACGCGUCGGCACGUGGUCCCCAACCGUCGUGGGCUCAUUGUCACGAGGGACGCCCUUAACAGUCGUGCCACUCGUGGGUGGGACAUUGGUAUCUGAGCCAGGGUACCCAGUCCGUGUCGACGCAUCAAUGAGAGGCAACGGCGCUGAUUACGUUCAUACCGACCCGGACGGCGGGAGGAUGCGGUUACGGACUGACUUGGUCAUGGCGGACGACAACGGGGAGACGAUCCACGUGCAUUACACGGGAAUCGUUGAUAUCAAUGCUGAUAUGCGUCGGAUUCUCGGCCGGAGUGAGAAUGCGAGGUCGACGGAGUAUGGGCACGCGUUUAUCCAUGUGACAUUCGAGACGGGGUCGAUGCGAUACAAGGCGCUAGAACAGGGGGUGUUCGUUGGCGCGGGAAGAUUUGUACUUGAGGAGGGCGACUUGAAGGUUGAAUACCGAAUUAGCCAGGUUUGCAAGGGCAGUGGCCUGGCUGAGGAAGGGUCGGCUUGA